AUGUCGCAGGAUAACCUCACAGCUGUUUUGUACAAAACGAAAGAUUUAAGACUAGAACAAACGCCGAUUCCAGAAAUUGCGGACGAUGAGGUUCUUCUUCGCAUGGAUUGUGUGGGAAUCUGCGGCUCUGACGUCCAUUACUGGCAGAGCGGCCACUGUGGACAUUUUGUGUUGAAGGAUCCUUUGGUUAUGGGACACGAGGCUUCUGGAGUUGUCGCUAAGGUGGGGGGUAACGUUAAGAACCUAAGUGUAGGUGAUCGUGUGGCCAUCGAGCCGGGCGUUCCUUGCCGCUACUGUGAGUUCUGUAAGACAGGCCGCUACCACCUAUGUCCUGACAUAAAAUUCUGCGCCACGCCUCCCGUCCACGGAAACCUCUGCAGAUACUACAAACACGCCGCUGACUUCUGUUACAAAUUGCCAGACCAUGUAUCUAUGGAGGAAGGUGCCUUGUUAGAGCCUCUCUCAGUGGGUAUCCACGCAUGUCGUCGUGGAGGCGUCACGGCUGGGGACUUCGUGCUGAUCCUAGGAGCUGGUCCCAUAGGACUCGUCACACUACUGGCUGCCAGGGCCAUGGGGGCCAGCAAGAUAGUCAUCACAGACAUCCUGGAGUCUCGCCUACAGACCGCCCGUGAGCUGGGCGCGGACCAUACUCUACUAGUGUCUCGGGACUCCAACGAGGCGGAGCUGGUGCGGGCGCUCCACGACCUGCUGGGGGCGCACCCGGACGUGUCCGUGGACGCCAGCGGAGCACCCGCCACCGUCAGGCUUGCGCUACUGGCCACUAAGUCAGGUGGUUGUGCAGUCCUGGUGGGUAUGGGUAAUCCCGAAGUCACGCUACCUCUUGCCGGGGCCAUGGCGCGAGAAGUCGACAUAAGGGGCAUCUUCAGAUACGUUAACGAAUACCCGAUCGCCUUAUCGCUGGUGUCAAGCGGUCAGAUCAACUUGAAGCCGCUGGUGACGCACCACUUCUCACUAGAGGAGACGCUGGAGGCGUAUGAAGUGGCGAGGAGAGGAGACGGGAUCAAGGUCAUGAUACACGUGCAGCCACGGGACGCCAACAACAAGGACAAGUUCCAGUGA